CUCCUGUUUACCCUGUUUACCGCGACCACGCGACGCGUUUUCCCAUGGAUUCCUCCCAGAAUGAGUCGCCUGCAGCCCCACGACGUUCUCAACGUGAUAGAAAACAGCCGAAACGCAUAGACACCAUCACGAACAUCGGCAAACGGAAACGCACAGCAGACAGCGAUGCUGAUGAGGACGCAGAGGCAGUAGAGGAGGAUGCGGCAGAGGAAUAUCAUGCACCGAAGCCAAAGCCAGCGCGAAAGGUGAUGAAACCUGCAGCAAAAAAACCGCGCACACAGAGGGGGCGCAAAAUUAAAGAUCCCGACGACGCGUUAUUCGACCCGGAGCAGCUUGCUAAGGACACGAAAAUUAACUCAGAUAACCCCCUGUAUAACGCAAUCAUGAACCCGUCGGCGGCCUUGCAGGGAACAGCAGAAGAUUUCCUCGAGUCUCUCCAGCAGCAACCUGGACCCGCGCUAGCCGAGCUAAUAAAUCUCAUUCUGCGGUCCUGUGGAUGCAACGACUCAGUUGAUGAGGAUCAGGCGGUAGACUAUGAUGGUGUCGUUGAUGCACUGGACCAUUUUACGGAGGGUCUCAAACAGGAAGCAUCACCUACCUACCCCUUGACCUCCAAGAAUCCAAUUUUUAAGAAGUUUCGUACACAUCUUUCCGAAUUCUUUGCUCGUUUAAUAUCAUCUGCUGCUGACCUCGGUGUGCUGUACACAUCGGAUCUGAUACCCACACUCCAGACUUGGGUUGUAGCUAUGAGCUCAUCCCAAAUACGGAGCUUCCGACACACAUCGACUGCCGUUGCCCUCGAUGUCGAGGCAGCACUCUGCGACGUUACGCGAGGCGUUGAAAAGGAGGUUGAGGUACUCGGCCGACAGAGAGAAGGCGAGAAGAAGCGCCGAGCAAAGGGAGGAGCCAGUGCAAAGGACAAGGAGCUUGAGGGGAAGCUGAAGGAAGUGAAGGGGAGAGCUGUCAAAUUGGACGAAUUCUUGAAAGAAUUCAUUGACGGCGUCUUCGUUCAUCGGUUUCGUGACCUUGAUCCCGUCAUACGAACAGAAUGCAUCACCUCCCUUGGCAUAUUCUUCAAGAAACAUCCGUCUCACUUCCUUUCGACCUCUUACCUCCGAUAUGUUGGAUGGGUACUUUCGGAUUCCGCUACGCACGCUCGUCUAGCCGCUGUCAAGGCCCUACAAAUAGUCUACUCAUCAUCAGUCGCUGAUGGUGUUCUCACCUCUCUUAACCAUUUUACGGAACGGUUUAAACCCCGUCUCGUCGAAAUGGCCGAAGCCGACGUGGACGUGGGUGUUCGUGUGGGUGUGCUUAACGUCCUUGAGGAAAUCGAAAAGAGUGGUAUGCUCGAGGAGGAAGAGCGAGAGCGACUAGGUGGACUUGUCUUUUGUGAGGAACCGCGGGUACGCAAAGCUGUUUCAGGGUUUGUACGUGGUGUUUGGGAAGAGUGGGUGGAGCAGCGUGACGUUGAGAUGGGCGGCAAGAGUAAAGAUGACAAGGAACGGAUAGGAAUGAAGGGUAUCGCGGCUUUACUGGUGAAAUGGGGUGAAGCUCUGGAUAAGGUUCUGGGUGAUGAUGAAGAUGAAGAUGAAGAUGAGACAGAAGCGAAGCGCACGAGGACGAGACCUGAAAUUGCAGCACUUUCUACGGGAAGACAUAAGUCCGGGGGUGGGAAUCGCACGGCUUUAGCAGCGGAAGCUUUGUGGGAUGAACUGGACCCUGUUACUGAUUGGUCAGGAAUACUCGAUAUGUUACUGCUUGAUCAUUCUGCGUCUACAGAUCAAGGCCCCUCUUCCAAUGGGCGUAGCAAGAAGGGAAAGAAGGGUAGAAAACCAGCAAAAAGUAAAGGCACGACCUCACAGGACGCGGAUGAUGACGAUGAAACCGAGUCUGUGUAUGUUGAUGAAUCUUGGAGACUGGAGGAAGUCGAAGAAGGCGUCUUGCUUGAGCUUUUGGUCGCUUCCUUGGCAAAGACUAAGAAGGAAGCGGUCGGAGGUAAGAAGGGCGAGGAAGACGCUGUUGCCAACGAGAUCACUCGUGCUUUGAUGAAAGGUCUCCCGCGCCUUUUCAUGAAGUAUCAGACAGACGAGAAUCGGAUUAAGGAUGUCCUGGUCCUACCUACUGUUAUGAACUUGGAUCUGUAUCUUGAAAUGCGAGCGAUCAGUGAUUACUCAAAUCUAUGGGACGACGUCCUCAAACAAUUCCUCACGCAUGCGUCUCCUGCUAUUCUAGCGCUUGCAAUAAAUACCAUCACAUAUCUCCUGUCUGCCACAUCUCUCUCCAAUACUAACAGUACGAAAAUUCUCGAGCUGGAAGACGAGCUCUCGUCGGUCCUUCGGGCGGCCCUUGCGGGUCGUGAAGAGAUCGAAGUAGCAUCAUUCAACGAAGACGAGGCCUUGUCCCUUGGGUCCACAUGUAUGCGGUUGAGGAUACUUGCAGGAACAAGAGACAUGACUGGGUGGAUCGAAGAUGACGAGGGAGGUAAGCAGAGUAAGGUGUGGGAUCUUUUGAACGCCAUAGCAGAGCGGGGACGACUGGGGUAUAAGGAAGAAGAAAUGAUGAUCGAGCAGGUGCUGCAUUUAUUGACGUUGCAUAUCAUCUGGAAAGGAAAGGCACUUACCACAGAUCCUUCGCCUUCCACUGAGGAGGUUCGACAUGCAGAGAACCUGGUGCUUCAGCGGGAGGUUUUGCUGGAAAAAUUAAUGGAGUAUUCGAUUGGUACUGACUCAAAUACGGUGGAAGGAGUGCAGAGGACUGCAUUCAAGAAUCUCUUGGACCUCCAUGUUCUAUUCUCGGCGACACAAACUGUUGCCGCGGAUGGAUCGCAAUUAUCGACAGCGACUGUCGCGCUGACCAUGGAUGACGAAGCCCAGUAUAGAUGUGCGGGAUAUGUGCAAGCUGAGAUCGAGAGAUACGCAGAAAUUGCUCAAGGAGCUGAGGAGGAGGAUAAGAGUGAUGAUGGCAGCGAUGUCGACUCAGGCGACGACAACGAGGUUGCUAAGAAGGCCAAAAUGAAGGGGAAGGGAAAGGCGAAAUCGGUGGUGACAGACAAGGAAGACGAAGACGUUAAUUCUCGAGCCCGGCUUGAAGAGGAAUAUGUAUUCAUUGAUGUGAUGUCUACCUUCUUGCGAGCAAUACGGGCAGGUGCAAUUCAUGUUCGCCAUGGAGCCAGUCUUCUAGCGCACUAUGGCCGUUUGGGACCUACAUUUGACCUUUGCACCAAAGUCAUUGUAGAGGUUCUACGGGAAGCAGGCAUGUUUAAUGAUGAUGGUGACAUUGUAGCUUUGGUUAUCACGCAAGCUCUGCAAGAGGCAUUUACGCUUAUUUUGGAUUCCGUUGUGCGAGACGAGACUAACGCUGUUCAGCUUGCGAAACAGCUGGCGUCUUGUUUUGUUAUUCGAGGGAUUCAGCUUUCUAUCAUCCGCCGACUUGACAGCGAAUACAUAGUACAGAUUCAUACAAAUCUGAUCUCGUGGUUGGGCAAGCGGCUGUCGACCUACCAGAGCAACAACAACAAAAAGUCUUUGAAACGGACGAUACUGUGCUUCCGCGUGUUGACACAAAUGCUCAGUGUCAUACAAAGCCGGGAAGCUUUGCAAAUUAAAGCUCAUAUGGAUCAGGUCUUAGCUGAGGCCAAGGUGGAGGUUUCUCCGACAUCGUCCGUCUGGGAACCUCAACGUGGGUAUGAAAGAAGGCUGACAUCAAAGGAUAAAGAGAAAGUGCCUGGAACAAAAACUCGGAAAGCCGCUGGCAAAGGAAAGGCAAAGGGUUCAGCAGCGAUGGUUACUACUGACGAGGAGAGCGAAGUGGAACAUCUUGUUGACGCUGCUCGUAACGCGGAGCAGGACAGAGCACCUGUAGCACCUCGAAUGCGGAAACGACCGCAACGUGCAACCGCGUCUCGUGCACGCGCGCGUGCAGCUGAGCAACAAAGUGACCACGACGGUGACGACACUGCUGAGGAAAACAUCGUGACAUCGAAAUCCCGACCGCGACCACGGCCGACAUACAAAUCAAAAAACAAAUCUCCCGCCAAGAAAGCGGCGGCGACUGUUGAUACAGAUAAGGAUGAUACUGCGACGGAGAGGCCUGUUGCCCCAAGACCAGGGGACCAAACCCCUCCACAAUCACCUUUGACACCAGCUGGAUCUGAUCUGGACGAUGUCGUUCCUGUGUCGCGAAAGAGAGCACGGACGAGUGAGGAUGAGGAACAGGUAGCUGCAGAGGCGGAGGCGACUGCUGGGUCUGCAACAGAGGGAGGCGAUGAUGAAGCUGAAGGCUCUGGUUACAUCCAAGUGCGGAGGAAGCGAGCUCGUCAUUGACGAACGGACUGUUUUUUAUGAUUUAUAUUUAAUUUCCUGCGUUUGCUAUCCUCGCUGCUGCCAAUGUACACAUUAUAUUUGUAUUCGAGUGUAAUAUUACUAGAUGAAGCUCGUGA